AUUCGCUCAUAUGUGUUUUUGUUUCUCGCAAAAAAACAACAACAUAAACUCAACCGCGCCUCGGACAGAGCGUGCACGGUGCGUAAAACCGUGCAGCCGCAGCUGCGGCACUUCUCCGCCUCUAUGUGUGUGUGUGUGUGUGUGUGCAGCCUGGUGCGCAGUUCAGGCUCCAUCACCGGCGGAGCGAUACGACCAUCUCCUCUCAUCUCUGGUUUGUCAAGACGAGGGUGUGUGGCUCAGGCUCACUGUACCUGAGUGAGCGUGUCCGUCACGUAGCAUAGAGGCGCAGAGGACCAAACCCGGAGACUGGAGUCUAAAUGCGGUGAAAUGCACUGUCACAUUACUCUCCAUCCAACACCAGGCUCCCUGGACUUCCUGCUGCGCUGCUUUUAUAUCUCAUGAAGAAUUUCUUUCCCCCCUCCGUGAUUAUUAUUUUUGAUGCGCUCCUGUGCACGUCUAUGAUGAAUGUUUUUACCCCGGUGCUCCAGUGUUGUGCGUGAGAGACGGUCGGCAAGCAGGAGCUGUUGUUGGGGCUCGUUGACAUGCAUUCCCCCUGAGCUCGGCGACGCCCCCCUCAGUGGUGCGGUGACAGGAUGCCAGUGCAGGCGGCCCAGUGGACCGAGUUCCUGUCCUGUCCCAUCUGCUACAAUGAGUUUGACAGCAGCGGCCACCAGCCCAUCAGCCUGGGCUGCUCGCACACGGUGUGUAAGACCUGCCUCCACAAACUGCACCGCAAAGCCUGCCCCUUUGAUCAGACGCCCAUCAGCACAGAUAUCGACCUGCUGCCGGUCAACUGCGCCCUCCUACAGCUGGUUGGAGCUCAGGUUCCAGAUGUGCAGCCUGUGAGCCUGACUUGUGCAGCAGAGGUGGAGCACUAUGAAGUGUGCAGGCUGUGUGUAGAAGAGCUGGCUCUCUACCUAAAACCUAUCAGUGGAGCAAAAGGUGUGGCGGCUCUGAGUCCCAGCGUGCUUAGUCGGCCUAUGCAAAGGAAGCUGGUGACUUUGGUGAACUGCCAGCUGGUGGAGGAGGAGGGCCGUGUGCGGGCGGUGAGGGCAGGCCGCUCGCUGGGGGAGCGAACUGUGACCGAGCUCAUUCUGCAGCAUCAGAACCCGCAGCAGCUCUCUGCCAACCUGUGGGCAGCAGUGAGGGCACGGGGGUGUCAGUUCCUGGGACCUGCUAUGCAAGAAGAUGCGCUGAAGCUGGUUCUACUCGCUCUGGAGGACGGGUCAGCUCUCUCCAGGAAGGUGUUGGUUCUGUUCGUAGUCCAGAAGCUGGAAGCCCGGUUCCCACAGGCCUCCAAAACCAGCAUAGGCCAUGUGGUGCAGCUCCUCUACAGGGCCUCCUGCUUCAAGGUGACUAAGCGCGACGAGGACUCUUCACUGAUGCAGCUGAAGGAAGAGUUCCGUACAUACGAGGCUCUCAGGAGGGAACACGACGCCCAGAUCGUCCACAUCGCCAUGGAGGCGGGCCUGCGGAUCUCGCCGGAGCAGUGGUCGUCGCUGCUGUACGGCGACCUGGUCCAUAAGUCACACAUGCAGUCCAUCAUUGACAAGUUGCAGUCUCCAGAGUCUUUUGCGAAGAGCGUUCAGGAACUGACAAUCGUUCUGCAGAGGACGGGAGACCCGGCCAACCUCACCAGCCUCAGACCGCACUUAGAGCUGCUCGCCAACAUUGACCACAAUCCAGAUGCCCCAGCACCAUCAUGGGAGGAGCUGGAGAGUGUGAUGCUGGCUGUGAAGCUGGUGGUGCACGGACUGGUGGAAUUCAUACAGAACUUCAGCAAGAAGAGCCACGACACUCCACAGCCUCAGGCCAACAGCAAGUAUAAGACAAGCAUGUGCCGAGACCUUCGUCAACAGGGCGGCUGUCCCCGAGGAACCAACUGCACUUUCGCACACACACAGGAUGAGCUGGAGAAAUUUAGACUGAGGAACAAGAAGAGCAGCAGCGUGGGCCGAGCAUUUCCGUUGGCACCCGGGGUGAUGGGUAAAACGUUCACCAUGGAGGGCAGCAUUCACACAGAUGUGACGGUGGGAGUGGGGUCGGGGCUCAAAGGCACAGUGGAGAAUACAACCGCCCUGGCAGAGGGAGUUCCUGGCCUGACUCACCCCCAGCUCAUCUCCAGAGGGGCAGACAUGAUGGAGGAAAUGAAGAGAGCUGUGCCAAAUGGAUCCAGCGGGGCCAACGGGUCUAACGGGACAUCUGGCACCAACCGAACCACAGCGGCGUCCACAGAACAGAAGCCCAUCUCUCCUCCCAGGACUCCCAUCAGCCACUCCUCAGCAUCAUCUCCCCUGACCACAGUUGGACAGGGUGAUGGUGGUGCUCCCAUGCCCAAACAUGGUCAGUUCAUGCUGCGCGCACCGCAUCAUUCGCAGGCAUCGGAGCUGUUCUAUCAGCACUCUGACUAUGACACGGCCCAUUAUCCGCCAACCUCAGGUUCUUAUUAUCCAUCCACUUUCCACCCUCCUCACAAACCCUGCAUGGCUCGCUUCCUCAGAUCGUCCAACGUCCCAGAAUCCUCUCUGCCACCUUCCAUGGGCCCGCCACCGACUUCCUACGCCAAUGAUCCUCAAACACCACACCCGCCCUCGUCCUCUUCCUCCUCAGUGUACCCACCACACCCGCCUCGAGAUCGAAUGGGCCCUAGCUUCCAUCCGCACCCGGGACAGCCUCAGUACGGACCUCUGGCACCAGCUCACGGGGUCUAUGCUCCUCUGUAUGACAGCAGAAGAGUAUGGAGGCCUCAGCUGUACCACAGAGAGGAUGCCAGGAGUAACUCACUGCCUCCAGAGGUGCUGCAUUCCUACCAGCCUCCACUCAGGGAGAGAUUCAACUCUCUAGACAGCAACUACUGCUCUGCAGCGGAGCACCGUGCAGCGCUGCACAGGGAUUACGGUCGUGUUCCUCUAGGCUACGAGGAUCUGUUCAGGAGGAAGCAGGAACAGUGGGCGCACCAUCAUCAUCAUCACCAUCACAACACCACCAGACCCUCGCAGUCCUCCCCCAUCUUCACCAUUGAUUUUGGAUCCGAGCAUCUGGAGAGCAGCGGAGGUCAGUGUGUCGGCUGCAGGUUCAGAGGCGAGGAAAGCUUAGCGCACUACUCCCCGUGGUCCUGUGGAAGCAUCGGCCCCUGCCUCAGUCCCUUUGAGUCCGAAACACUCACGCAUACUUCUACCCACUCCUGCGCCGAGCACUCGGAGUUGGACAGUAACGGCGGCAGAGGAGGAGGCGGCGGCAGCGGCGGCGUUGGCAGUAGUAGUGUUGGGAAGCGGUGGCUGCAUUCGCUCGACCACUACCGCCGCAUGAAAGACGAGGAUCCGAUCAUUCCCUUCAGUGAGGGGCCCAUUAUCUCCAAGUGGGGCGCUAUAUCCAGGGCGUCACGCACGGGCUACCACACCACUGACCCGGUCCAAGCCACUGCCUGCCAGAGAAGUGCCAGCACCACACCCAUCAACUUUAAAGAUUACAACCCACACUUGGAUCACAGUGACUUCAGGUGGAGCUCCAGAGGAUCCGACUCCUCCAGUCACUCCAGUUUCCUAGAGAGUGAGCAGCUUUGUGCAUCAGAGCUUCACGGCCGUCGCACUUCCAUAAGCGGCGGAGAGAAAGCUGUCUCUGAUCUGAAAGCCCAUCAGACCACCUACAUCCAGGAUCAGGAUCGGGUCGAGAGCCAAUCCGACCCAGACCGAGACAUUGAGCUCGAGCUGUGCGCUCUGGACAUGGAGGAUUCAGACCACCAGGAGAUCAAACCUCAGGAGCUUUUAGACCUGGUUACUCCACAGUCUCAGGAUUCUUCCCGCCUCCUUCCACCUCCCUGCUCCUCCCCCCUCCUCUCAUCCCCGGUAGAGGAGCAUCCUCAAACAGAGGGCCCUUUGACAGAGAAGAUGGAUGCUCAUCUGCUGAAAAAGAUGGCUUUCAGAAAGUCCCUGUCCCCUGGAGGCUUGGUCUCAGGGGGUCUGGGCGUCGGUAAGCUGGUGCUGCGGACUGGACCGCCUCAACUGGGGGACACUUCCACCCGGGCUUGUCCAGAGACCCACGGAACAGAGAUGCUGCUCAAUGGAAGCUAAUGUGGACACCGAGUCAGACAAUGACCCGUGUCGUGCUGAGGCGGAGCUUCUUGUCCACAACUUGAUCCUUUUUUUAAAGGGAAUAUGAUUUUAAUUCCAGCCUUCAUAUAUGUCAAUCAUAUGCCUAGGUAAAACUUGACUAGAUAAUGGCUGAACAGUCAGACCACAAGUGGCAAGAGAAAACAUACACACACACUCCUUGCUGCCGAGUGGUGAUUUUCUCUUUAAAAUUCCAGAGAAUUGACUAAUAAAUGCCACUGUAAAUGCCUCGUAAAUACAUACAUUAAUCCACCUGUAUUAUAGAUGAUGAACUUGUCCAUAUUUGUAGUUUACAAACCAUGGCCAUGUUUAUCAUCUCCACCGCAUUAUUAGUGUCGUCCUCCUGACUCCAUGCAGCUGAUGGCAUUAGACUAAGUAAAGGUUUCUUCAACCGUGUUAUUUUUGUAAGUUUACUGUAGGAUUCCGCUGAUAAUGAAUCAUUUCUAACGCAUUUAUAAUCAAGCCCCUCCUAGCUGUCCCCAAUAACAAAAAAAAACAACUUUAUACAAACUUUGUAUUUAUUACAGCUGAACAGCUACAAUAUUUUCAAAUUGAAAUAGCAAAUUUUAACAAUGCAAUCCGUAAAUACUCGCGCAAAGGCAGUAAUUUAGGUAUAUGUAUGUUAUUCAGCACUGAUAAUUCAUUAUUCAUCCUUGCAUUAACAAUAGAGCAGUUAGUACUAUAUCAGUAUCUCCUAUUAACUAUGUAACAAAGUGAAUAUUUAACUGUGGCUUGACUUAAUAAUAGCACUUAUUUAUUUUUUCCCCCAAAAUUAUAAAGCCCUCUUUUUUUUAAUAAUAAUAUAAAACAAUUGCUCUCUUCUGUAUUUCUGUCUCUUUAAAUGUCACAGAUUGGUCAGACCCCAUGGUUUUGUGUCACUGCUGAACACAUUUUUUUGUAAGCGUUUCGUCAAAGAAUAGCGAUUGUCACACUCAGAUUAUAACACUGAUAACACAAUUUCAAAGGCCGCUCAAUCCCCCCAAUAAAAAUAGAAGAAAACCUUACAGACAACAGAGGUUUUCACUGUGCUGACAACACAGCCUCAGUCUUUUAUAAGUCAUAUGAUCUUUUAAACGUUGACCUCUGAAUUCCCUUGACUGUCACAAGACCACAGAGAACAGUGACACAGUCAUGGACUGGAUUUGUUAACGAUCUUUCAUCACUCAAGGUCACAACGGGUGAGGGUUGUUGGUUUUUUUAUAAUCCAUAAUAUGAUUACCCUCGAUAUACUCUUUUAAUUGACUCAUCCUGCAAAAACCUUAGGGAUGCAGCUGUGAAAAGACUUAUCGAUUACUGGAUUAGUCACCGGCGAUGUGUCAGUACGAGGAUUCCUCUCGUUGCUUUGCUCCACGUGACAAAAAAAACAACAGUUUAAACUCAAUUUUUUCAAGUCCGUGAACAAAUAGAUAAUCAUAAUCAACAUUUUUUUUUUACAUUUUCUGACAUCUUGUGGACCAAACGCCUAAUUGAUUAGUCGAGGAUAUAGAAUCAGUUUUUAUUUAUUAUCAAUUAUUGUUAGUUGCAAUGCAAGUGGAGCAAAUUUGUCAUUCACACAUGCAAAACAGUGGCCUUUCUCUCCUUAUUGUUGUAUUCAACUCAACAUGCAGUGACAUAAUAUGUCCACUGACAGACACACCUGUCUUAUUUCAAAGGUGUCGCCUGAAACACAACAAUGAUCUCAGAAACUGAACACAUACACAUUUAAAGUAUGACACAUUUUCUGCACAAUUUUAAAAGCCUACAAACCACUUCCUGUGUGUUCGUGCUAUAUUUUAUUUUGAAACGUUUUGUCUUGUUUUAUGCGUUGCGCUAACUUCUGUGAAGUUGUCUGUCGGGCGGUGUUUUUUUUUUGCAUCAGGACAUUUUGUUACUGUUUCAGUUCACAGCAGAGAGAGAGAGAGAGAGAAUUUCUGAUGACCUUGUCUAAUGUUUUUCUACAUUUGCUUCUCAUCAGAUGUGCUGUGGUCAGUGCACUGUAAGCCACCAAAGUCUAACUCACUGUAAUUCUAUGUGCAGUAUAGUGUAGGUGAUUUCCACACAGACCAGCCUUGCCUCACUCACUUUUAUAGACAUGAGGGGCAUCUCGUUGUGUGCGGAUUAAUCGUAAUGCCUUUCGCAUGACAUAUCAAGCCACCUAUACAUUUCGAGUCAUGGAGGCUUCACUGAGUUUGUUUACACUUUGUUUACACCUGUUCUAAAUCUUAUGAGAUGUUGCGUGAGAAUGACUUUACUGUUCCCGUCUCUUAAUCAGAUACUAUGUCCGUCCCCUCUAGUUAUAACUUAAAUUCCAUUUUUAAAGGAUGGCUGGGCGUUUUUUUUUUUUUUUGAGUUACCAAAAUGAACCCUCUUUUGGGGUUUUCUGUCUUAUCUUCCAAAGUGAAAAAAAAAAAAACGGGGCUGAA